AUGCCUGAGGUCAUGCAGGGACUGCAGGGGGACAGCUGCCAGACGGCGGAGCAGGGGACCCCGUGCUGGAGAGACGUGACUUGGCUCCAGACUACGGGCUUCAAGAAGCACCCUGAGUGGUACCCUGGCUACUCCAGCAAGUCGAGCUUCGAGGAUGUGCAGCUUCUGCUCUACCGCAACGGCAAAGUGCACUGCCCCAAGCCAUGUCUCGCCAAUGUGCUCGGAGCGGACCACGAGGCCAAGCCCGAGCACGUGCUGCUGAGCUCCAGCUGCAUGGACGCGGUCGAGGGGGACUUGUGCUUCCGCACCGUCAGGUGGCUGAAGAGGACGGGCCUCGAGCAGCACCCCGACUGGUUUCCCGCCCUGGAGGCCAGCGACAGCACGGUCACCAUCCAGGCGGAGCUGCACCGCCAGGGCAAGUCCCAGUGCCGCAGGCCCUGCGCGCGCUCGAGCCCCGCGGGGGACGACGACGUGACGACGACCGGCGAGAGCCCGCCGUAUCAGGCCCUGGGCGCCCAGAAGGCCGGGCUCCGGGUGCGCGUCGGGUCGGGGGAUGCGGCCAGCUGGGUGUGGGACUUCCCCAAGGAGGAGGUGGUCCCGACCACGGCAGCGGGCAAGACGUUGAUGCAGUGCCUCCGGAAGCUGCUGCACGUGACCCCAGAGAACUUCAACGAUAUGCGGGCGUUGUGCGAGGCCCUCGUGCCGCUGGAUGGCGAAGUUCAGCACCACGCGCUGGUCAAGGAGUCCAUGAAGUUUAUCACGUGGGCCCAGCACCACGUGGACGAGCUCAGGGCUAAGCGGAGGGAGCAGGACGAGCAGCUUGAGAUCAGCGACCCAGCCGCUCGGCCCGAGCUGCGUGAGGGUGACUGCUUGACUGCGCAGCCCAACACGGUGUGCUACACUGCGGUGUCCUACGGCCUUUCGGAGGGGAUCAGGAAGCAUCCACUUGUGUACGAGGGCCUGUCAGAGCAUGCCAGCUUCGAGAAGGUCCAGGAGUUCCUGUGGCUGAACAAGCGGCAUGGCUGUACGAAGCCUUGCCCCCGGAAGCGUGCCAGGGACAUCACCGAGUUCUACAAGCACCCUGAGGCCCUCCGCUACAAGAAGAGGGCUGCGGACAUGAGCAUCGACGAGAUGAGCAGGUACAUCAGUGGCGAAUGGGACGGCUACGUGUCGAGGAUGUUCGACGCUGACGCUGAUGACCUCGGGACUCUCAACCAGCACGCUCCUGCCUCAACAGCCAAGCCUGCAGUUGGCGCGGCGAGCCGGGAGGACCGGGCCAUUGCCGAACCCGUCGACCAGGCGGUCCAGACCAAGAUUGCCGAGGUGGCGGCCAACGACACCGGCGAGGGGAUGGCCGAAGACCCCGAGCCCGAGAAGUCGGCCAGCGACGAGGAUGUGGCAAAUGCCUCCACGGAGAAUGGCUUCACGCCGAUCUUUUCGGACGUCGUGUCGAUCAACAUGUCUGAUGUGUCGGAGGGUGUGGCCAACGUCACGCCGAUCUUUUCGGACGUCGUGUCGAUCAAUAUGUCGGAUGUGUCGGAGGGUGUGGCCAACGUCAGCGAGCGGGAAGCCAGUGUCAGCGAGCCGGAUAGUGACCCCAUCAGCCAGCGGGAGAAGGAUCUCGCUGAGCGGGAGAAGGCGAUCGCUGAGAGGGAGAAGGCGAUCGCUGACCUGGAAAAGACGCUCUCUGCGCUUGGUUCCGAAAAGGCGCUCGCUACGCUAGAUGCCGUGGCCGUUGCCCCCAAAGAGCCAGUGGCUGAUACCCCCACGAAGGCGGUGGCCGAUGCCCCUACGGAGGAGGAUUCCACCGCUGCGCAGCCAAUCUCGACUGUCGCCGUGGCUAAUGCCCCCCUGGAGCCGGUGGCCGAUGCCCCUACGCAGGCGGAUGCCACGGCUGCAGAGCCCACCUCGAACGACGCCGUGGCUAAUGCCCCCCUGGAGCCGGUGGCCGAUGCCCCUACACAGGCGGAUGCCACGGCUGCAGAGCCCACCUCGAACGACGCCGGGGCUAAUGCCCUCCCAGAGCCAGUGGCCGAAACCCCCACGCAGGCGGAUUCCACGGCGGCAGAGCCCACCUCGAACGACGCCGUGGCUGAUGCCCUCCCAGAGCCAGUGGCCGAUACCCCCACGCAGAGCCGGUGGCCGAUGCCCCUACGCAGGCGGAUUCCACGGCUGCAGAGCCAACCUCGAACGACGCCGUGGCCAGUGUCCCCCCAGAGCCGGUGGCCGAUACCCCCACGCAGGCGGAUUCCACGGCGGCAGAGCCCACCUCGAACGACGCCGUGGCUAAUGCCCUCCCAGAGCCAGUGGCCGAUACCCCUACACAGGCGGAUUCCACGGCGGCAGAGCCCACCUCGAACGACGCCGUGGCUAAUGCCCUUCCAGAGCCGGUGGCCGAUGCCCCUACGCAGGCGGAUUCCACGGCUGCAGAGCCAACCUCGAACGACGCCGUGA